AUAUAUAUAUGUAGGAGUUACUAUCGUUGCACUAGUGCAUCAUGUAAUGUGAAGAAGCGAGUAGAGAGAUCGUACAGUGACCCAAAUGUGGUGGUGACCACUUACGAAGGCCAACACACUCACCCGAGUCCACUCACUUCUCGCCAAUUAACUCACGGCGGCGCUCCUCCGGCAGCCGCGGGGCCCACUUUCGCCAUGCCAUUCUCAAGAAUGUCACCCCUACCAUCUCACUAUCAAUUCCUCCAGCAUCAACAUCAUCAACAACUACAACAACAAUUCGCUGAUCAUCAUGCCUUGUCCUCCUCAUUGCCUUCAAAUAAUAAUUUCGGUUGCGAUUCGAUUUCAAAUGCUGCUAAUUUUCUUCAUGAGAGACGCUUUUGCACCCCUACAGGGCCAGCUAAUUUGCUUAUAACGGACCAUGGCCUUCUUCAGGACAUUGUCCCCUCGCAUAUGCUCAAGCAAAAGUAGAGAAAGAAGACUUAAGGAGGACGUCAAAUAUUGCUAGCUAUAGCUAUAUAUAUUAUGUUAUAAUUUUUAGGUUUUACUUUUUAUUAGAGGAGAGGUGAAGACUGUAGUAGUACUUACACUACAAAACCCCCCAUUAAUACUGGUAUGUAAUUUUCAUGCUGACCCGGUGCAUGAUGACCCUUUUCUUUUUCUGAUCUCAAAGAAAUCACUUGUUUCAUACUCAAACUCUGAUCAUAUAUGAUUUCUACUUUAGCUUCUUUC